AUGUCCCCCGUGGGGCAGAAACCCAAAGGGGAACGCAGCAGCAGCAGCAGCAGCAGCAGCAGACGAGAGAGCCCAGUGGCCCCCAGCAGCCAGCCAAGCCUCUGCCCAGAGGGGGCCAGGGAAGGGCCUGCUCCGGCCAGGAUCUCCUCCGUGACGGGCCUCUUGCGAAGGAAGCUGCAAGCCAAGCGGGAAGCCCCGCUCCCCCUCAGCGCCACCCAGCUGCCCCUGGAACCAGGCCCAGGCCCACCUUGUGGGGGAGGCCCAGCAGGCCCUCCCAAUGGGCCCUGGGAGCCUCGCCACUUGCUCGGCCUGUGUGCCAGGGCCCCCCCGCAGGGCCCGCCAACCCAGGAGUGCCACCGGCCGCCCAUGGAGCAAGCGGGGGACUGGUGGCUGUGCUUGCCCCCCGGCCAGGCCACCAAGGACCAUCGCUGCGCCAGCUCGGGCGGGGACUUUGCUCCGGCCAGGUGGGGCCUCUUGCCCAGAGGGCUCUUUGUGAUGCCAGCCACACUCGGCAAGGAGAGGGGGGCCCCGCCAGCCCUGCGGCUGCCCCCCAACGUCUGCAUCCUCACUCUGGCCAUGAUGAUCGCGGGCAUCCCCACCGUCCCUGUCCCCGGCGUCCGCGAGGAAGACAUGAUCCAGGCGGCGCAGUGCUUCAUGGCAGAGCACCGGGAGCCCGAGGACGGGGGCCAGAGGCGGCCCUGGCCUGCCCUACCGCGCUUGGGGGCCCCCGGCAAGAGGGAGAGGCAGAGGAAAAGGGCCACCGCCGCCGCCCACCGGGGACUCCUCCCGCUCUUUCUAGCACAGCUAGAGAAGUAG